AUGGCUGGCCAACUGAUGGGUGACGCUCUUCAUUCGCUCCUUCGGAGAGCUGCGGAUUAUGAUACAGAUCCCGAUGAUGGAGAUGCACCCGAAGCCGGCACCAAGGAGUUUUUCAGCUCCUGGGCGCUCUUUAUUAUGAUCACCCUGCUGAUGCUCGCUCUGUUCACGAGUUACAUCCUGCAGCAGCGGAAGAUAGAGGCUGUACAUGAAACGGUCCUGUCCAUAUUUGGGGGUAUGUAUCUCUCGUCUUGCUUCAUUGGACUUCAUACCGGAAGCAAUAAGGGUGCUCAUCAGCAGCUAGGUAUGUUCGUCGGAUUGAUUAUUCGACUGACUGAUUCGCCCAUUACGAACUUCGUCGCCUUCGACUAUCAGUUCUUCUUCAAUCUGCUCCUUCCUCCGAUUAUUCUUGCGUCCGGUUACGAGCUACAUCAAGCGAACUUCUUCCGGAAUAUUGGAACAAUCCUCACCUUUGCGUUUGCGGGAACCUUUAUCUCGGCUCUUGUGCUUGGGCUGGUUUUGUUUGCUUGGACAAGGAUUCCGUUGGACGGAUUCAGUAUCAGCUUCGUCGAGGCCAUAUCUGUCGGUGCUACGCUGUCUGCGACUGAUCCAGUCACGAUUCUGGCCAUCUUCAACCUCUACAAGGUCGAACCGAAGCUCUACACCGUCAUCUUUGGUGAGUCGAUAUUGAACGAUGCCAUUGCGAUUGUCCUGUUUGAGACGGCGCAGAAGUAUGCGGAGAGUGACGCAGGUUCUCUAUCCAUCCUCAAUCUAUUCGAGGCUAUCGGGUUGUUCCUGCUGGUCUUCUUUGGCAGUAUGCUGGUAGGCGUGAUUGUAGGGAUCAUGACGGCCCUCGGACUGAAAUACACCCACGUCCGUCGUCAACCUAAGAUUGAGAGCUGUUUGAUUGUGCUCAUAGCUUACGCGAGCUACUUUUUCUCUAACGGUGUUCUGCUGUCAGGAAUUGUGUCGCUCUUGUUCUGCGGUAUCACCCUGAAGCAUUAUGCCUACUACAACAUGUCCCGCCGGACGCAAUUGACCACGAAGUAUCUAUUCCAAGUCAUGGCGCAAUUGUCCGAGAACUUUAUCUUCAUUUACCUGGGCCUUGACCUGCUUGUCCAGAGGGAUGUGCAGUUCAAACCUCUCUUUAUUCUAGUCGCGGUCGUCGGUAUCUGUCUUGCCCGAUACCUUGCGGUGUUCCCCUUGUCAAGAGCCAUUAAUUGGUUCAUUCGGUAUAGGGCACGUCGACGGGGAGUGGAAGUGGCUGAUGAGCUGCCAUUCGCAUAUCAAGCAAUGCUCUUUUGGGCCGGACUUCGUGGCGCUGUCGGGGUAGCACUGGCGGCAGGUCUGAAGGGUGCGAAUGGGCCAGCUCUACGCGCCACUGUCCUUGUCGUUGUGGUGAUUACUGUCAUCAUCUUCGGAGGAACAACGGCGCGCAUGCUGGAGAUCCUUGGGAUCCGGACAGGCGUUGUUGAAGAACUUGAGUCUGACGACGAGUUUGAUAUCGAGGUAUCCAACGGAGGCACAUAUUAUAAGCGCUCUGAUACUGGGCUGGGAUACACGCCUCGCCGUCCAGACAACAUCCCGCUUGACGGAGUGUCACGGAGGGACCUCGACCGAAACAAUAGUUACUCGAGUGGCAACAGCCGCCGCCCUAGUCCGCCAUCAUCGUCGCGCCCGGGAGUAGGACACUCAAGAAUGUACUCAGACGCCUUUGGUCCAAAGGACACGCAGACACCGCGCGACCGUUCAACGACUGCUACCCUGCUAGGCAACCGUCCUGGAAGCCGUAGCGGCAGCGAGGACGGUAGCGAGGACGAGUUCGGUUUGAAGUCCUCUGGAAAGCGCCGGGCACUGGACCACGACCACCCGGAUGCCUUCGAACUCGACGUAGACGAUAUGCAUUCUGACGAUGACCUGCCUCCUGCUGCUCCGACGCGAAUGCGCCGAUCACCGUCUCAACCUCCACAGCACCCGGCGUCAUCGCAGACCCCACCAGAUGGCGCGUCUCCAUCCCGGCGCGAAGCGGGGAGAAGCGCACGGGAGGCUAUCCGAGACCUGUUCUCUGGCGGACCUUCAGGAGAUCACGUCGCCUGGUUCCGCCAGCUGGACGAAGAUUAUAUCAAGCCCCGUCUUCUGCUGGACCAGUCGAACCACAAGGGGCCUGGCGCUGUUUAG